UGCAAAGUGAGACAGUAUGUGAUCACAUCAUGCUUUCCACGCUUCUGUCUCUCUCUGGGAGUCGCUAAAGCACUUUCAACUUGGUAGAAAUUCUGUACAUUGUGCGAGUUACGCUUUAUUGCUCUUACAUUUUCUCUCGUCUGCGUCCUAGAGGCAACCGUACCACGGCUCCUGUGGAUAGCGCUACAAGACUCCGGGAAACACUCGGACGCAAGCUUACAAAACAGACAUCCAACCAGACACGAGUCUCCAUGGACUUGCCAGAACGGCUACGUGAGGGGAGUGACGAAGAGCGUGACAUUUGCGCGCCGUGUCACGGCGGAGUUAAUCUCAACCAGAGCAUAUUCAGUUUGAUAGCAGCAGCAGGCUCAGCUGCAGGACUUGACGAGAUAGCGAACGAUAGUGAAGAAGAUGGGAGCCAUGAUGGCACAUCGUUGAGCCAGACUGUACCAGCUCUUCAGCCAACAGCUGCGGGCAUCCUUAUGAACGAGACUUCACAGGCGGAAUCGUUUCAACAUCGUCGAAGGUCGUCGAAAGCAAAACUCAUCAAAUCUAUAAACAAACUUAAGAUGAAGCCCCUACGAGGACGCAAGGGAGCUACCGCCACCAACGAUAUCAUGUCUUCCUCACAGAUCUUACAACCGCGUCAAGAACAAGAGUAUGAAGAAGACAUAGAGGACGCUACGCUUGCAAAUGCUCCGCACUUGAGCAAAAUACUCCACGCUGAUAUACAGAUGCGCAAAGAGCUGGGAAGAGCUCAUGAUGGACAACGGACAGCCCAGGACCUUUUGCAGCCGUCGUUGUCACUCGCGGAGCAGGUGCAAAAAUUAUUCAAGUUUAAAGAAAAACAGGACAUCAUUGCUGAGUAUAGAUGUCAACUUGUGCAAAACGUCAAUGUCCCAGGAUAUAUUUUUGUCACUAAACGAUACAUCUGCUUUUACGCCUACCUCCCGCACAUGACCUCGAAAGUUGUGAAGACCGGGUACAUUUCCAAAAGAGGGAUGCACGACCCAAGAUACCAUCGAUUUUACUGUGAACUCAAAGGUCAUGUCUUGAGUUUCUACGAGGACCCUGCGCAGAUAAAUUACCCGCGGUCACUGAUAGACAUGCGAAGAGCAAUAGGAGUGUUUGCCACUAGGGGAGAGAAGGGCAAAGAUGAAACUCACUUUACCCUGGAGACAGAUAAAAGACAAUAUCAACUGAAAGCAGACAGCGUCGAAAGCGCCACAGACUGGCUCAGAGUUUUGCAGCAGGAGCUUCUUAAUACUCAUAACAAUGGAGGUCUCAUAAAGAUUACGUUGCCUAUUGAUAACAUUUUGGACAUUGAGAACAAUUAUAUUCGUGGUAUGGCGUUCUCCGAGUCACUAAGGAUUCGUGUUAUUGACAACGACGAAACCUACGCGGUUGAAGAGUAUUACUUUACAUUCGAUAGUCAUGCUCAGGAAGCUACUAGGGUUUUAAAGCUGAUGGUGCAGAGCCAUGACGAGCCGAAUGACUCUGAUAUGUCCGGAAGCGAAGAGCGUAGUUCCGGUAGACAUAGCCUUGUGGAGAGACCGUCAGCGGUCCCUGCCCAUACGCCACCUUUACGGGAAAGUGUUCGAUCAACAUUAUACCCACAUUCUCCAGAGAUUCGGGCGUUUUCAGGCUCUAGGAUCAGCACAGGGUCGAGGAAAUCAAGUUUAGAAGUGGAGUCAAGUAUGGAAUUACGUCGUCGAAGCAAUGAUGAUGAUAAUGAUGAUGGGAGAAAUAGUGUCCCCAUCAGUGGCCGAUGCAAAAGGUCACCUGCUUCACCUACUCCAGGAGAUUCACAGGAAUCUCCAUACUCACCCACCAUGACUUCUGCUGAUCAGGACACGGAAUCGUCAGCCGCAAUACAAUCCCUGGACGAGACAAUUGAUGAUACAAAUGCUUCAGAGAGCCAAAUUCUUAAUCGAAGUGACGUAUUUCAAGUUCCUACUCUCUAUGCACCUUCGCCGAAAAAGCCGAGAACGGAGACGGACGUGGCCGUCCCACAGCGAGCUUCUCAAGAUACUGAGAGGAGAAAAGCAAGAUCACCAUCCGAUGAGCGACUUUCAGUGCCAAAGCGACCAGCAGCUAUUUCGCGUGCUGUUUGGGGUGAAUUGACUCAAUAUCAGCAUGAUGCGCCAAAAAUGAUAAACUCCAGUUACAGUAUUGGGCGUCUGAUGAAAGCCGGAAUGUCUCCUUUGCAGAGUGCAUCAGGGAUUGCAGGCUACAUUAACAAGCAAUCAAAGCAAAUGAGUAGCUUGCUAGCAACAGAAUCUAUGGGUUACUACGAAAAAGUUGCUGGUAUGUGGCAUGGUGGAUCGAGACAUUAUGCCUCACCACACGGUAUGCGCCUAGAUGACAACGUUCCGGACAAGCAGGAAGAAGAGCAGGCUAUGAAGGAUGCUCAAAGAUUUCGAGAACACUUUGCUUUGCCUGAGUCUGAGCAACUCUUGGCAUCGUGGCACUGCUAUGCACAACGAACACUUCCUAUGUACGGGAAACUGUAUUUAGGUAGCACACAUUUAUGCUGGCGACCUCUCAUGGCACGAACAACAAAGAUGAAGCUCCCUUUGAAAGUUAUUGAAACGGCAUUGAAGGGCACUAGUUAUCGAUUAGGCUACGCUGGCAUGUGUCUAGUCGUCAGCGGAGACGAAGAAGUUUUCUUCGACUUCAACAAUGUCGGCCUACGUGAUGACUGUGUGGUCAGCAUUCUUCUAUCAUUGCAAUCGAUUGAGACAAACGCUCACGUUGUGGAGUCGGGACUCUUCUCACAGGAAGAGUUGAAGGCCACCAAGCUAGCUAAAGCAGAACAUCAAGCUUUAUUGAAAGCCAGACGCGCAGAGAAGAUAAUGGAUGAGUCAGAAGAUGAGCACGAUGAUCUUGCUGAGUCAAUGAUGUUCGAUAACCCUUCUACAUCCGCUUUGGAUGUUAGACCUCAGGGGUCUCUGAGAAUCACAUGUCUCACCAUCGGUUCUCGAGGAGACGUUCAGCCAUACAUUGCUCUCUGCAAAGGCCUCCUCAACGAAGGUCAUAAGCCCAAAAUAGCUACUCACGCAGAAUUUGGGCCAUGGAUUCAACAGCACGGCAUUGAUUUUGCGCCAAUUGAAGGCGAUCCAGCUGUGCUGAUGCAACUUUGCGUUGACAAUGGGAUGUUCACGCUCUCCUUCAUGCGGGAAGCCACCUUACGCUUCCGCUCCUGGAUCGAAGGUCUCAUGGACAGCGCUUGGAAAGCUUGCCAGGACAGUGAUAUUAUAAUUGAAAGUCCAAGUGCUAUGGUAGGCAUACACAUUUCUGAAGCUCUACAAGUGCCCUACUUCCGUGCAUUUGGCAUGCCUUGGACUAGAACACGGGCAUUUCCACACGCAUUUUUUGUGCCCAACAACAAAUCUGGUGGAACAUAUAACUAUAUGACCUAUACACUUUUUGACACUUUGUUCUGGAAAAGCACGUCAGGUCAAAUAAACGCGUGGCGAAAGAGGCAGCUCGGUCUCCGUCCUACUUCACUUUCUAGAUUGGCGAUAAACAAGGUCCCCUUUCUCUAUAAUUUUAGCAAACAUGUUGUACGCCAACCACUUGACUGGAGUGAGUGGGUUCGCAUCACCGGUUACUGGUUCCUUGAUGAAGAGCAAGGCUGGGACCCCCCGGAAGAGCUUAUUAACUUUAUUAAAAAGGCAAAAGAUGAUGGCAAGAAAAUUGUUUACAUUGGCUUUGGCUCAAUCACAGUGGAAAACCCUGCAGCACUUACUCAUACUGUCGUACGGGCAGUAGUGGACAAUGAUUUACGCUGCGUUCUUUCCAAAGGUUGGUCAGAGCGAUUAGCAAAAGCGCCUCAACUGGUGACGGCGGAGCCCGACUUCCCUCCUGAGGUUUUGCAGAUCAAGUAUUCCGUUCCACAUUCGUGGCUGUUUCCACAGAUGGAUGCUAUAGCCCAUCAUGGUGGCGCGGGUACUACAGGUGCAAGUUUACGUGCUGGAAAACCCACAAUCAUUAAACCAUUCUUUGGCGAUCAAUAUUUUUUCGGAAGUCGUGUUGAAGACCUUGGGGUUGGUAUUUACAUUCGGAUUCUGAAUGAAAAGAAACUCGGGCGAGCAUUAUACUACGCUACCCAUGAUGAGCGGAUGAGAAAGAAGGCACAGUAUAUAGGCGAGCAAAUUCGGUCCGAGGAUGGUGUUGCGACCGCUAUUCGCGCCAUUUACCAAGACCUGGACUACGCACGGUCGCUUGUUCAAAAGAAGUCUUCGAAGAGCGAUGCCUUUGGUAAAGACGGUCACUUCGAUUUUGAGCACGAGAUGGAUGAAGAGCAAUGGACCAUUGUAGGUGAUGAAGUUGUUCCAGAUCUUAAACAGAUGCCAAAGAGCAUGCACCAGGAUCAAGAGGAAGAGGGUCUUGUUGGUGAAGUGAAGAAUUGAAAGCAACUAGAAGAAAUUAGGCUGACUUGUUAGUCUGGUGAUGCAAAGCAUGCAUAGCGCGGCGUUCGCUUGACUAUUCUGUUAACCUCUUAUGAUAAGGUUGAUACCAUGGUUGGCAAUCGGCAAUAUAAAUGGCGGCUAGAAUUAGUAUAUGUGUGGCAUUCACGUCGUCCGUAGACUGAUGAAAAUGCUCUUAUGAUG